AUGUUUAGAUGUUCAUUGAAUAAUUUGAAUAAUUUACUAUUUGGUAGAAAUGCUAUAGUUACGGGGGGUUCUAGAGGUAUUGGACUGGAAAUAGCGAGGGAUUUGGCCAAUAGGGGUGCGAAUGUCUGCAUAUGGAGCAGAAAUAGGGAAUCUAACGAUAAUGCAUUAGGACAACUGCCGAUUCUACAUAAAGAUCAAAAACAUUUUGGUAUAGUACACGACUUAUCAACUAUUUCAAAUAACCCCACAGAGUUUCAAGAUUGUUUAGUUAAAGUUAAAAACGAAUUUGGACCAAUUAGCAUACUCGUUCAUUCAGCAGGUGUAUCACACAAUGAAUUAUUUAUUAGAAGCAAACAAAACAAUAUCGAAGAAAUGCUCCACACCAAUCUAUUAUCACCAAUACAACUAACCAAACCAUUUUUAAAAGAUAUGAUGAAAUUGCAAUACGGCAGAAUUAUAUUUAUUGGCUCUGUGGUCAGUGAAAUGGGCAAUAAAGGUCAAACUAUUUAUUCAUCCACUAAAAGUGCUUUAUUGGGUUUUUCAAAAUCACUAUCUAAAGAAGUUGGUCACUAUAACUGCACAUCAAAUGUAAUUAUACCUGGAUUCAUCGAUACAGACAUGUCCAAGGAUUACAUAAACCAACAAUUAAUAGACUCUAUACCAUUAAAGAGAAUUGGUAAUACAAAGGAUAUCUCUAAAACCGCAUUGUUUUUAAUAGAGUCUGAUUAUAUUACUGGUCAAUCUAUUCAAGUCGAUGGUGGGUUAUAUUAG